CCCUCCGUCCGCGCUGGUGCAGGUGUGGCGCCCCAGGCUCAUCCCCCUGGACUGCCAUGGAACGAGGAGACACCCCGCAGGACAGCUACCACCUGGUUGGGAUCAGCUUCUUUAUCCUUGGGCUGGGCACUCUCCUUCCCUGGAACUUCUUCAUCACGGCCAUCCCGUACUUCCAGGGGCGGCUGGCAGGGGCCAACAGCACCACCGGGACCUUGGGGACCAACCACAGUGGUCCCACAGACGCCUUCAACUUCAACAACUGGAUGACGCUGCUGUCCCAGCUGCCCCUGCUGCUCUUCACACUUCUCAACUCCUUCCUGUACCAGUGCAUCCCUGAGACGGUGCGGAUUCUGGGCAGCCUGCUGGUCAUCCUGCUGCUCUUUGCCCUGACGGCGGCGUUGGUCAAAGUGGACAUGAGCCCUGGACCCUUCUUCUCUAUCACCAUGGCCUCUGUCUGGUUCAUCAACUCGUUCUGUGCAGUUCUGCAAGGCAGCAUCUUCGGGCUGCUGGGCACGAUGCCUUCCACCUACAGCACCCUGUUCCUCAGCGGCCAGGGCCUGGCUGGGAUCUUCGCUGCUCUUGCCAUGGUCACGUCCAUGGCCAGUGGUGUGGAUGCCCAGACCUCCGCCCUGGGGUACUUCGUCACGCCCUGUGUGGGCAUCCUCGUAUCCAUCGUGUGUUACCUGAGCCUGCCCCACCUGGAGUUCGCCCGCUACUACCUGGCCAGGAAAUCAUCAACGGCUCCAGGUCAGGAGCUGGAGACCAAAGCUGAGCUCCUCCGGUCUGAUGAGAAGAACGGGAUUCCCAACAGCCCUCAGAAGGCAGCCCUGAUUCUGGAUCUUGACCCUGAGAAGGAGCCACAGCUGGAGCUGGAGGAGCCCCAGAAGCCAGGAAAACCUUCGGUUCUCAUCGUCCUCCGAAAGAUCUGGCUGAUGGCGCUGUGCCUUGUGUUGGUCUUCACAGUCACCCUGUCUGUCUUCCCCGCCAUCACAGCCAUGGUGACCAGCUCCACCAGUCCUGGGAAGUGGAGUCAGUUCUUCAACCCCAUCUGCUGCUUCCUUCUCUUUAACACCAUGGACUGGCUGGGACGGAGCCUGACCUCUUACUUCCUGUGGCCGGACCAGGACAGCCGGCUGCUGCCCCUGCUGGUCUGCCUGCGCGUCCUGUUCAUCCCACUCUUCAUGCUGUGCCAUGUGCCGGAGAGGUCCCUGCUGCCUAUCCUCUUCCCACAGGACGCCUACUUCAUCACCUUCAUGCUGCUCUUCGCUGUUUCCAAUGGUUACCUGGUGUCCCUCACCAUGUGCCUGGCGCCCAGGCAGGUGCUGCCACAUGAGAGGGAGGUGGCUGGUGCCCUCAUGACAUUCUUCCUGGCCCUGGGGCUGUCCUGUGGAGCCUCCCUCUCCUUCCUCUUCAAGGCGCUGCUCUGAAGGCCCUCGCCAGGGCUCUGCCAACAGCUCUCUCCUCUCCGCCCCGCCAGAGCCGAGACCCAGCACAAAGGGAUGGCGAGCUGAGCUCAAGGUCUGGGGAUGCUAGGAAGAGGCGGGUGCUGUCUGCUCCCUGGGCUGCUGGCGGCCCCUGGGGGCACAGCAAGGAAGAAUUCACCACCAGUCAUUCCCGCCCUCGCCCAGGACGGAGGCGACACACAGAGACAGACUAUCUACGGCACAUAAGAGCUUAUCGAAGAAGGGCAGCCAGGGAAAAGAGGGCCAAGGGUCAUGGCCCUUCCUCACCAUCAGGAGCGCAUUUACGUGUUCAUCACAAGAAAUAAACCCGCUCAUCGAGGGGCAUCAGAGGCCACAAGCAGCCACUUGCUGAGAAAGUGGGUGGUGGGCCAGCCCAGGGCAGGAGCUCAGCAGCUCUGCGGUCAAGUUUCGGACCCCAGGACAGGAUGGGGGGUGGUGGUGAGGGGAGCAGGGAGAAGGAAAAGGCGUCAGGGAGCUGAGGGCGCUCAAAGCACCGUCUGGGCAUCAAACAGUGUUUUCAUUGCCAGCACUUAACUGUGUCGGCCUCCCCCAGAGCUCGGCGGGGCGUGCGUGCGUGCGUGCGUGCGUGCUGCGUGCGUGCACCGUGCCCUGCAGUUGGCACAGCUCUGCCACGCCCACUUUCCCACAAAGUUGCCUUGAGGCCUCAGAAGGAGCCAGGCAGGGACUGUACCCUCCCCCUUCGUACAGGUGAGGAAACUGAGUCCUUGGAGAAGUGACUGGUCUGUGGCAGAGCCGGGACCCAGCCCCCCACCUCCCUCCUCGCAGGUGCUGUUCUUCCCGCCCAUUUCUGCUUCUCCUCAGGGGGCUCCAGGCAGAGCUCCAGGCACUUACUCCACCUUUUAAAUUUUUUUCCCAGAGAGUACGGUGGGAGGGAGAAAGAGAGGGAUCAAAACCUGAUGAUAAGCCCUGAUUGGUGUGGCUCAGUGGGUUGGGCAUGGUCCGCAGAACGAAAGGUUGCUAGUUUGAUUCCAUGGGGUACACACCUGGGUUGCAGGCCAGGUCCCUGGUUAGGGGUGUGCAACUGAUCGAUGUUUGGGGACUGGACCCCACAUCGCAGGCAUAUACACUGACAGGGAGUUGAACUGGCGAUUUUUCAUCUUGUGGGGCAAUGCCCAGUGAAGGGCUUACUCCACCUUUUUGCUGAUUUUCUCUCUGACCCUGCUCCUGGGUCUAAUAACAAUCCUCUUCAUUUGUAUAAUGAA